AUGCCGUUUGCCUUGACUUUUGCUUUAACAGAUCAAUAUACAAUUUAUUUUGAAACUUAUGGAUGUCAAAUGAAUGAGAACGACACAGAAAUUGCGUGGUCUGUUUUGAAAAGUAAUGGAUUCCAGAAAACAGACAACAUUACAGAGGCUGAUGCAAUAUUUGCCAUGACCUGUGCUGUCAGAGAAAAUGCUGAACACAAAAUAUGGUCAAGAUUAAAUUAUUUUAAUUCAUUGAAGAAAAAAAGAUCAAAAUCAGAACUUCCUCUGAAAAUAGGUGUCUUAGGGUGUAUGGCAGAGAGAUUGAAAAAACAAAUCAUAGAAAAGAAUCCUGCUGUUGAUUUGGUAGCUGGUCCUGACUCUUAUAGGGACCUACCAAGACUCUUGGCAAUCACAGAAUCCGGACAAAAAGCAGUCAAUGUAAUAUUAUCAUUAGAUGAAACUUACGCUGAUGUUUUACCGGUUAGACUGAAUCAGAAUUCACCAUCAGCUUUUGUGUCUAUCAUGAGAGGAUGUGAUAAUAUGUGUAGUUAUUGUAUUGUACCAUUUACAAGAGGAAGGGAAAGAAGCAGACCUAUUCAAUCUAUAGUUGAAGAAGUUAAAAUACUCUCUGAUCAGGGCAUCAAAGAGGUGACAUUACUUGGUCAGAAUGUUAAUAGUUACCGAGAUACCUCAGAAACUCAUCACUAUGGUAACACUGGUGAAAGUGACAAUACAACGGUGCUAAGCAGAGGAUUUAAAACAUUGUACAGGUCUAAAAAAGGUGGACUAAGAUUUGCUGAAUUAUUAGCCAAAGUAUCUCAAGUUAAUCAGAUGAGGAUUAGAUUUACUUCGCCACAUCCUAAGGAUUUCCCAGAUGAGGUUUUACAUGUUAUCAAGGAAACUCCUAAUAUAUGUAAACAAUUGCAUCUACCUGCACAGAGUGGAAAUACUGAAGUACUCAAAGAUAUGCGUAGAGGGUACACACGUGAAGCAUAUCUCGACUUGAUUCAUCAUGUUAGAAGCGUCAUACCAGAUGUGUGUCUCUCCAGUGAUUUCAUGUCUGGUUUUUGUAGUGAGACUGAAGAUGCUCACCAGGAUACAUUGUCAUUACUCCGCAUUGUGCAAUACGACUUUGUAUAUGCAUUCGCAUAUAGUAUGAGGAAAAAAACUCAUGCCUUUCACAAAUUGGAAGACAAUGUUCCCCAUGAUGUUAAAAUCCGUAGAUUAACUGAAGUAGUUGAUUUAUCCAGGGAUGAAAUGGCCAAAGUCAAUGCAAAUAAAAUCGGAGAUCUUCAACUGGUGCUGAUUGAAGGGGAAAGUAAAAAAAGUGUUUAUGAUGUAGCCGGUAGAAAUGAUGGAAACACUAAAGUUAUAUUGCCCAAAAUGGAGAUACCAUGUGACAGGGAAUCAACCAAUCAUAGCCCAAUGAAAUGUGGUGACUAUGUUGUGGCUUGCCUUUUCCACUGA